AUGCCCAGCGUACCACUCACGAAGUUGCUGGGGCGACUGGGCCUCACGGGAACGCGGCUACUGCUGCCGCUGGCUACCGCCAAAGCCUCCAUGCUGCGCGGCUCCACCCCGACCAGCACCACCACCGCCGCCACCCCCACUGCCGCUGCCGCUGCCUCCACCACCUCCACCGCCGCCACCGACGCCCCCACUCCCGCCACCACCCCCACCUCCACCCCCACCCCCUCCGCCUCCUCCACCGCCACCACCGCCGCUCCCGCCGUCCCCUCCACCACCGUUGAUCCCCUUGCCCUUGCCGCUGCGGCGCCUCCCACUAGGAGCAGACUUAGCCCCGACCUACUCGGUGCUAACGAGGUCGACAGCAGCAGUAGAAGCAACGGAGGGCAAAAGGGGAACGGGGGAACACCCCUCAAAGAAAGGGGUGCGAGGGUCGCCGCGAGAAGCUCCUACAGCGACUAUGCUAGUCUCAGCUGCAGUGAGGCGCUCCUCGAGCAGGUUGACAGUGAGCUCGGUGGGGCAAAGGGAGAGAAAGUGUCUCACAGGCAAUCGCUGCCCGCAUCCCUGCACAUUCAUCCCCCUGCUGCGGGAACACCACCCGCCAUGUUUCUCCGCCUCUCCCCCGCCACACCGCGAAUGCCCCUCUGCAUUCCCCAACCCGCUGCACCGCCCCUGUCCGGGCGCGCGCCUGUCGCGUAUGGGCCGCGCGCCGCAGCGGAGGAGAGGGCAGGCGGGGAAACCGCGAAAUGGGAGGCGAGCGCGGAGAAUGCGAGCGCUGGCGGCGGCGGCGUCAUCGACCUGAAGCGUUGGAUGGAGCAGCGGGUGCGCGCCACGGGCAUCGAGCCCUUCCCGUCGCUGCACGGCGCGUUCCCCCCGCCCUUGAGCGCGCACUCCCCCGAAUCUCCCCCCGAGUACCUCGACUCAGGGUGGAUCAGAGAACCGCCCAGCGGCAGAGAGGGCAGGGAGGGGAAGGAGGGGAGAGAGGUUAGGCAGGGGAGAGUGGGCAGAGAGGGCAAGGAGGGCAAGGAGGGGAAGGAGGGGAGGCAGGCGAAGGGAGCAAAGGAGGCGAGGGAGCUCCCUGCGAGACCGCAGGUGGCGAAGAGGGCGGGGCGCGGGGCGAGCAGCAAGUUCGCGCGGCUGUCGCACGCGGAGUGGGAGGCGCAGGCCAUGGCCAUGGUGGCGCAGAAGAAGCGCCUCCUGCUCGCCGCGCGCUCCCGGGACGAGCGGGGGGGCGCGGGGAAGGAGCGGGAGAAGAAGGACAGGCGCGCUGCAGGCGGCGGGAAGGAGGCGGGCAGUGGGGUGGCGGGGAGGGCAAGUGGCGCGGGCGGAGCGCGCGAAAGGGAGGGCGGUUCGCGCCACGUGCAGCUGCUGCCGCCGCCGCAGCUGUCAGCGCGGCCUGCGGGGGAAGAUGGGGGGGAGAGUGAGGUGGAGGGUGGGCGGGGCGAGAGCAGCGCAGCCGCCACUCCCCGCCCAUCCGCACUCCCCCUCCCCCAGCACCUCGUUUCGAGCGCCGCUGCCCCCCCGCUGUCCCCCGCAGGCAGCAGGGAAGCGGCAGAGGAGGGGAGGCUGUUAGGGGGAGGCGCAGGAGGGGCGAGAGGGGAAGGGACGGGGGAAGGGAUGGUGGGCGAGGCGGGGGAGAGGGAUGAGGAGCAAGGCGAGAGCAGCAGCAUGGUCCAUGUGUGGGCAGGCGGGCAUCGGCUGCGGGACUGGCAGGGACGCAGCGGUGCGAGGGGCGACGAGGAGGGCCAUGCACGCAGGAGUGAGGGGAUGAGUGACGGCGGUAGUGGGGAGUCGAGUGGCGGCAUGACAAGCAGCAGCGAGGGCGAGGGGUGGCAUGCGUCCGCCUUGAUGCAGCUGGGUGGUGUGGCGGGUGGGGCCGUGCGGGUGACGGAGCCGGCGUCGAGGAGGGAGGCGGUGCGGAGGGGGCGGCAGGCGGCGCUGGUGGCGUGUCUGCUGGAGGAGGGCUUCCGCCCGCCCGACCUGCUGCGCUUCGCCUCCACCCGCCGCGCCUUGCUCACUACGUCCCCCACUCUGGCACGGGAGCGCAUGGCCUAUCUGCGGGCCAUCGGGCUGCCAGCCGCUGAUGUGCCGCGCCUCGUAGCGCGCUGCCCCAAGCUGCUCACCUACCGCGUCGACACGCGCAUGGCGCCACGUGUCGACUUCCUAAUGGCCCUUGGCGUGCCACCAGACCGCGUGGCACGUGUGAUCCAGCUGGCACCCGGCAUCUUCGAGUGCAGUGUGGACCGUGCCAUCCGCCCGCGCAUCCGCUUCCUACAGAAUGCGCUGCAGCUGAGCGACGAGGACGUGGUGAAGGUGGUGCUGCGCAGCCCGCAGGUGCUCACUCAGAGCGUGCAGAGCGGCCUCGUGCCACGCCUCCACUACUUCCUGCACGACCUCGCGCUGCCCCUUCCCUCCCUCGCUUCCAUGGUCGUGCGGCAUCCCACCAUGCAUCCCACCAUGCACCCCACCAUGCAUCCCACCAUGCGUCACACCAUUCGUCUCACCAUGCAUCUCACCAUGCUUGUCAUGCCCACCCACCCCCGCUCUUCCCCCAGCCAUCCACAGCUGCUGCACUACUCAUUGGACGACGCCGUGCGCCCGCGGGUGGCAUUCCUCAGAAGCAUCGGCCUCUCCAGCCGGGAUGUCGCACACGUGCUCUUCCGCCUGCCCCAGGUGUGCUCUUCCGCCUGCCCCAGGUGUGCUCUUCCGCCUGCCCCAGGUGUGCUCUUCCGCCUGCCCCAGAUUCUCUCCCUCUCAGUGCCCAACUGCCUGGCGCCCAAGUACGACUACCUCAUCCACCACCUGGGCGGCUCGCCCAACUCCAUAGUCUCCUUCCCCGCCUACUUCUCCCUCUCCCUGCACGCCCGCAUCCGCCCGCGCCACCUCUUCUACCUGCAUUGCAGAGCCGCCUCCGCUCCCACCGAUGCCCCUCCUCAGCUGCUGUCUUCUCUUUCCUUGCCACCUGCCCACGACCCUUCCGCCUCACCCCGUGCUGCCACCUCUUCAUCUCCUGCCACUCCCACCUCCCUUCCCGCGCUGCCACUGCCCACAGACGCGUCUCUCAUGCCACCACCGCCGGCCCCGCACCCAGCCCAACCCGCCCACCCCUUCGCCUUUCUCUCAUCCGCCCGGCCCUUCUCGGAGCCCUCCUCUCCGCCUCCUCCACCCCAAGCGCCGCUGCCGUCCACAGCCUUCCCGCUGAGCCUGCUGACCCCCACGGACGAGGCCUUCUGCAGGCGCCUGGGGCUGCCCAACGACCGCGAGUACCAGGCCUUCAAACUCGCCCUCACCUCCUCUGCUGCUCCUACGCCUCAGGCAACUCAGGCUCCACUCGUGCAUGCUUCUGCUGCACUGCUGUCUGCAGAAGUUCAACCGGCAGCAGGGGUGUUGAGGAGAGGGAAAGGAGGGCCAGUCUCACAUCUGACAUCACCUGCCGGAGGAGAAAGCACAAGAGAAUCGACGGUCCAAGGGAGUUGA